UCCUACUACUAGUUCUAAUAGUGUACUGUGAGUUAGUGACUAAUGUCAAAUGUCCCAAUUCAUUUAGAUACUCUGAUAAAAGGUUGCUAAAUUUUUUUUCACUCUAUUGAUCAAUCUUUUGGUGUACUGGAUAUGGGGAAACCUGCUAUGAGUAUAUCUGUUGUUCUUUUUGUAUUAGCUGUUUUCGGGUCAUUCGAGUUAAUCUGUUGCAUCAAGUACAAAACCGGUGCUGGUGUUGUAAAUGGUAAAUUGAAUGUUCAUUUGGUUGCACAUUCACAUGAUGAUGUUGGGUGGUUAAAGACAGUUGAUCAAUACUAUGUUGGAUCAAAUAAUAGCAUUCAGGGUGCUUGUGUUGAAAAUGUUUUGGACUCGGUUGUGGAAGCAUUGCGGCGUGAUCCUAAUCGGAAGUUUAUUUUUGCUGAACAGGCUUUCUUUCAGCGAUGGUGGGUGACCCAAGAAAAGGAAAUACAAGAGGAAGUGAGAAAGUUGGUGGAUGCUGGACAGUUGGAAUUCAUUAAUGGUGGCUGGGUCAUGCAUGAUGAAGCAGCAAGCCAUUAUGUAGAUAUGAUUGAUCAAACAACACUGGGUCAUUACGCUAUAAAGAAACAGUUUAAUAGCAUACCUCGUGCUGGAUGGCAGAUUGACCCUUUUGGACAUUCUGCUGUACAGGCUUACCUCCUUGGAGCUGAGCUUGGUUUCGACUCAGUGCAUUUUGCAAGGAUUGAUUAUCAGGACAGGGCUGUACGCAAAGAUCAUAAAUCUCUAGAAACUUUAUGGCGUGGAUCAAAGACGUUUGGUAGCUCAUCUCAGAUAUUUUCAAAUGCAUUUCCUGUUCACUAUAGUCCGCCAGAUUCAUUUCAUUUUGAAGUGAAAGAUGAGCGUUCCAUCCCUGUCCAGGAUAAUCCCCAUUUAUAUGAUUAUAAUGUUGCUGACCGAGUCAAUGAUUUUGUUCAUGCUGCCAUUACGCAGGCCAAUGUGACUCAAACAAAUCACAUUAUGUGGACAAUGGGCGAUGACUUUCAGUAUCAGGAUGCUGAGACUUGGUUCAAGCAAAUGGACAAGUUGAUCCAUUAUGUUAACAAGGAUGGACGAGUGAAUGCUCUCUAUUCAACUCCUUCUAUCUAUACGGAUGCUAAACAUGCUGCCAAUGAGUCUUGGCCUCUCAAAUCUCAUGACUAUUUCCCUUAUGCGGAUGGUGAUCAUGCUUACUGGACUGGAUAUUUCACUAGUCGACCAUCCUUCAAGCGUUAUGUUCGGGCUCUCAGUGGAUAUAAUCUGGCAGCACGGCAACUUGAAUUUCUUUCUGGAAGGAGAACUGCAGGCCCAAACACAUAUAAUUUAGGGGAAGCAUUAGGAAUCGCACAGCAUCAUGAUGCAAUUACUGGUACUGCUAAGCAACACACUACAGAUGACUACAUGAAGCGCCUGGCAGCAGGGGUUUCUGAGGCAGAAGCUGUUACAAACUCAGCACUAGAUUGCCUACUGGAUAAGAAAUCAAAAGGUCUUUGCAAUACAUCCACAUUUACUUUUGACCAGUGUCAACUUCUCAACAUAAGCUACUGCCCCUCAACUGAGCAAGAGAUUCCAAAGGGGAAAAGUUUGGUCGUAGUUGCAUAUAAUCCACUUGGAUGGAAUCGAACUGAUGUCAUCAGAAUCCCAGUUGAUAAUGCUAAUCUUGUUGUCCAAGAUUCCUUGGGCAGUGUGAUUGAAUCCCAGUAUCUUGAUAUGGAUAAUGUGACCAUAAACUUGAGGAACUUAUAUACCAAGGCCUACCUGGGAAAAUCAUCAAAAAAGGUCCCCAAGUUCUGGCUUGCUUUUGGAGUCUCUUUGCCACCAUUGGGUUGGAAUACAUAUUUUAUUACGGAGAGAAAAGGAAAGGGACGGAUCAAUAGAAGCAGUGUAACUGUUGUGGACAGAAAAAAGGACCAGAUAGUUGAUAUUGGUCCAGGAAAUGUGAAGAUGUCAUUUUCUUCAUCUGGUCAACUACUAAAGAUGUCCAAUUCUGAAAGUGGGGUUGAUGUACCAUUACAGCAAAGCUUUCUUUAUUAUACAAGUAUGGGUGGCGAGGAUGGUCAGGCAUCUGGUGCAUAUAUUUUCCGACCUUCUGGUGAUCCAACUGUCAUCCACAAUAAAGAGCGUAUGGUAGUUGUUCGUGGAGUACUUGUGGAUGAAAUUCACCAACAGUUUGACUCGUGGAUUUACCAGGUGACUCGCCUAUAUAGGGACAAGGAUCAUGCUGAGGUAGAAUUUACGAUUGGUCCCAUCCCCGUUGAUUUCAUUGGCAAAGAGGUGAUCACACGGAUGGAAACAAAAUUUGCCACAAAUAAUGAGUUCUACACUGACUCCAAUGGAAGGGAUUUUCUGAAACGGAUUCGGAAUUACAGGGAGGACUGGAAACUUUCAGUGAAUGAACCUGUGGCUGGAAACUACUAUCCGAUUAAUCUUGGGAUAUAUGCUAAUGACAGCAGCUACGAGUUCUCAGUUUUGGUGGAUCGUGCCACUGGAGGAGCCAGCAUUAAAGAUGGUCAAAUUGAACUAAUGCUCCAUAGGCGUCUACUAGCUGAUGAUUCUAGAGGAGUAGGGGAGCCCCUUAAUGAAGAAGUUUGUGUUGAAGACUCAUGCAGUGGACUUACAAUUCGCGGACACUAUUAUGUGAACAUCCACAAGUUAGGAGCUGGUGCUCAGUGGCGCAGAACCACUGGUCAAGAAGUCUACUCUCCUCUACUUUUGGCUUUCACACAUGAGAACCUAGACAGUUGGAAGGCUUCUCGGUCAACAAAGGCAACCUCUAUGGAUUCAAAUUACAACUUACCUCUUAAUGUUGCUUUGAUAACUCUUCAGGAAUUGGAAGAUAAAUAUGUACUACUCCGCUUAGCACAUCUUUAUGAGGCUGGUGAAGAUGCUGAAUACUCGGGAAUGGCCAUCGUUGAACUAAGAAAGAUUUUCUCUGGAAAACAGAUAAAAGAAGUAAAAGAGAUGAGCUUAUCAGCAAACCAGGAGAAGUCAGAGAUGAAAAGGCUAAAAUGGAGAGUUGAAGGAGAAGACACGAGUAACGUGGGAGCACGAGAGCACAUCCCUCUUAGAGGAAGUCCUGUUGAUGGUUCCACCCUUGUGGUUGAGCUUGGUCCUAUGGAAAUCCGUACGUUUUUGUUGAAAUUCUAAAUCAUAAGUUCCUCAUUUCAAAGUUACUAGGCUUAAAAUUAUGAGCAAUAAAUGUAUUUAAGUUUUAACACCAAGAAAUUACUUGUAUAAAUGUACUACUUCGUACUUGUAUGUUUUAUUAAACAAAAUUCAUGUAAAAGCACCGACCCUAUUUUAUACAAUUACUCGGAUAGUGAAAAGUAUAGUUUUAAAUUGCUCAGGA